UCUUCUGUGGCCCAUGGGUCUGAUUCUGUAAAAGAAGAUAUUGCCCCAUUGGACAACAGUAAAAAUGAAGAACGGAGGAGACCAGGUGCCAAAUACCAAAUGCCAGAUAAACUGAUGAAAAGUAAUUUGCCUGCUGGGGGUCUUCCUGGGGAAAACAAUGAAAUUUUCAAAAGUGCUGCAGAAAAUGAACGUCCUAAAUCAACAAGAUAUAAGCAACGCAAACAAAACCUAUUUCCCACAAAGUCAUUCUAUCGAAAGGAUUCUGCUUCCCCAGUCAACCCUCAACGCAGCCCAUCCCAGGAUUUCAGCUACUAUUCAGGUCUGAUGUCCAAUCUACCAUCUUUAACUUCUGAGCAGAAUAUCCCUGAGCCCAAAUAUAAAUCUCGCAGUAGAGACUCAGGGUAUAAAACGCCAUCAGGCUUCCACAGAGUGACUCAAGCUGGUUUCUUUCAUCCAAAAAAGCCACCAAAUUUGAAUUCCUAUAACAAAGGUUUAUAUGUACCAAGAGGCCAACACUACAGCCCAGAUCUUCUGCCUAAACACAGAGAUAUAAACCAUGUUCCCACUGUCUACCAGCCUGCAUCUAGUCGUUCUCUUUUCUCAAGCUAUAAUAACCUUUUCCCACAUAGGAGGAGUGGUCAUGUGGGUAUUCAAACAAAUAGUCCACAUGGACCUUACAAUCAGAUGGAUAGAUCUCACUUGGCGUUUCCCAUGAAACCCUCCAGAUCUCCGCAUGGCUCAAGAGGACUUAACAACUACGUUGGAUACCACAAAGUCUACAACCAAAAUCUAGUUCCUGCCAUUCACAGACCAAAUGACAGAACUAUUAUCAAAUCUCAUGGCAUUGAUUCAACCCAAAGUGGGACUGCAACUCACAGAGUUAGAAACCCACUGGGCUCAUUUUCUCUACCACAUAGACGAGGCCUUUCCCCAAAUGAUGGUUUUGUGUCUGCAAUGAGAGCUGGACUUCUAAAGACCUUUGUGCAACCAACCAACAUGAAGAUACUUCAGUCCACUCUGAAUAAACCGUACAGAAACUUGGGCUACUUACCUUCUCAACAGCUGUCAGAACCCAUAAGUUCUCUUAAAAACUGUGUCAACUGGAGAAACAAAAAAGGCCCCCCUUCUCAAAGGGCCCAAAAGGGUUUACAAUCAUAUGUAAAUACAUAUAUGAAGUCCAAAAACCGCUUUGCAAGAGCCACAACAUACCUAUCAAACAUCUGUUAUAUACCAUAUCAGGAUGCUACAGGCAUGACUGCCAAACUUUAUGGGAACAUGCCUUAAGAUUAUCUAUAUAAAAGAACAAUACGCCCCCACAAUGCAAAAGGAUGUGAAGAGGAGACUAAAAGGAUCUGUUUCCAACUGCAGACCAGGUUUCUGGUGUUCUCCACACAUCCACUACAGUUAGUAAAUUCCUGAAAUAGUUGACAGUUUUUACUUGUCAUCUUGGUUGUCCCAUGGGAUGAUCUAAUCAACAAUUUUAGUGA